UGAACUAAGCCUUCUUUAAUAUAUAGAUAAACUUGCACCCACGUUCAUUAUCUCCUCAAUACAUAACUUUCCAAGUCCAUUUUUAUUUCCAAAAAUACUCAAAUCAUGCUACACAACUUCACCACUUUUCAUACAACAAACAGAUAAACCUCAACAAACAUCUUUGAUCAUUCCGAAACCAGAAGCAUGUCAGAUGAACCCGGAAACAAUAGAGCUCCGGGUCCAAUGGCACUUAAACGGCCUAAUUCAGAAAUGGAACAGAUGAAGGAAAGAUUUGUGAGGCUGCUUCUGGGAGAAGAUAUGACGGGUCGUGGACAAGGGGUUUCGUCGGCUUUAGCAUUAUCGAAUGCGAUUAUAAAUCUUGCUGCUUCUGUGUUUGGAAAACAGAAUAAACUUGUUCCAGUUCCAGAAGAUAGAAAAAGAAAAUGGAGAAAAGAAAUUGAUUGGCUCUUGUCAGUGACUGAUCACAUCGUUGAGUUCGUCCCGUCUCAACAAAUUGGCAUAGACGGAUCGACUAUGGAGAUUAUGGUGACACAACAACGAAGAGAUCUACUCAUGAACAUCCCUGCUUUAAAGAAACUCAAUACCAUGCUAAUUGAUUGUUUAGACAACUUUAAAGAUCAAAAAGAAUUCUGGUAUGUACCUGAAGAUGCAGACGAAUCAAUGGAAAGAUGGUGGAUACCUCGGGUUAAACUUCCUCCAGGAGGACUUUCAGAUGAAUCAAGAAAAUGGAUCCAACACCAAAAGGAUACCUGCAACCAAGUUCUUAAAGCUUCCAUGGCCAUAAACGCGCAAGUUCUUUCAGAAAUGGAGAUCCCAGAGACCUAUAUUGAUUCCCUGCCAAAGAAUGGUAAAACUAGCUUAGGAGAUUCGAUCUACAAGAGCAUUACAGAUGAGUUUUUUGACCCGGGCCAAUUUUUAUCGACAAUGGACCUAUCAUCGGAGCAGAAUGUAAUGGAUGUCAAGAACAAAGUGGAAGCUUCAAUUGUCAUAUGGAAAAGAAAAAUGAAUUAUAAGGAAUUGAAGUCUUCUUGGAGUUCAAGUAUAAGCUCUGAAAAAAGAGAAGUAUUUGAAGAAAGAGCAGAAACCAUUUUACUACUCAUCAAACAGAAAUUCCCAGCACUUGCUCAAUCUGCACUAGACGUUAGCAAAAUCGAGCAUAAUAAAGAUAUAGGUCAGUCUAUACUAGAGAGCUUUUCAAGAGUGUUGGAGAGUCUAACAAACACAGUUUUGAAGUUAAUAGAAGAUGUACUCAAGGCAGAUGAAGUGGCACAAAAUCCAUCAUUGGGGAUGAUCAAGAAGAACCACUCAAUGGAUUUCAUGUUAGCAUCGCCACUAUCAAUACUUACACUUGGCCAACUGAUUGAUCGAAGUACUCCCGUUCACAGUCCUAGAAGAACGCCUAGGUUGUCGGAUUCCAAGGGGUGGGGCAUGGAUCAAGAACUAAUUGAGGAAAAUGGGAACUCUAGUCCUAACUUAAAGAUCAAACAUGUUAAAAUCUUGACAAAAGCAAAGAUGUCAUAUAUGGAGAGGCUUGAAGCUUAUGGAGUGAGAAGCCCAACAGCCCGACAUUAACUGGUUCCUAACCGCUAGAACAAGAAAGAUUUUUUUAUAACAUUAUGCCUUUCUUAGAUUAAUGUUUGUGUUUUCCCUCAAACUUAUGUACCUUGAAUGAUCUAUGUAUGUUACAUUGCAAUUUGACUAA